AUGAGAGACAGAACAUCAGAAUUUAUUGCACUUGUCGAACGUAUCAAAAAGAGGAAUGCUCUUAAGAGAAGCAAUAAUAAUAGUCCAACCAUAGAGAAGAGCCAGAGGCAAGCAAAUAAUGCCUCUCGUUCAUCUGAAUUUUCUCGGAUGGCAUCUCAACUAAGUCGACAGAUCGCAACUACGUCUGAAAAACUGGAGCAACUCACUUAUUUAACAAAAUUGCAUCAUGGACUGAAUGAUACAACCACUACUGAAAUUACUGCAAGUAUUGAGAUUAGCUACAAAACUUUACAGCAAGAAAUAAAACAAGAUAUUACGAAACUGAACCAGCAUUUGAAUAUACUCGAGUCAGUAAAAAAUGGAACAAGACCGAACUCGAAACAAGCAGGCGAGCAUUCCAACAAUGUCAUUUUAUCAUUACAGAAUCAAUUAGCCAAAACUUCAUUAGGGUUUAAAGAUGUAUUAGAAUCAGAAGUUGAGACAAGACAGCAGUCAUCAUCACCACCACAACAACAACCGCGCCGACGUAUGAAUGUUACCAGUGUGGCACCGCCCUACACUCCUUCACCGCAGUUGUCUGUGUCGGGCUCCACUCUCUUGGACGACUCCCCACAAUCGUUAGGUAUACCCAUGAUCGCUCCCCAACAACAACUUCUUUUAGAACAAGAACAACAACAUCAGUUACAAGAGCGACAUAUAAAUAUAAGAUCCAAUGCUAUCGAAUCGAUUGAAAGCACGAUUGCUGAAUUGGGGGGCAUCUUUCAACAAUUAGCAAGGAUGGUAGCUGAGCAGAGAGAAACAAUUCAACGUAUAGAUCAGAAUACGGACGACAUCGAAAUGAACGUGAUGGGAGCACAAACGGAAUUAAUGAAAUAUUAUAGAAACAUUAGUACGAAUAGAUCCUUGUUUUUAAAGAUUUUUGCUACCAUUAUUUUUUUCUUUAUACUAUUCACCUAUAUCAUGUAG